AGAUCACCCGCCCCUUCAUCUCGCCUACGCGUAAGCAAAGCUAUAAGGUCUGUGCGCGCUGAACGCAGCUUUAUCCUGGAGACAUGAGUGUAGAACUCACACCGGGGGCCAUUGGCAUCCUGUUCAGUGGCUCACAGGUCAACAACCCUGUUCUGCAGCUGCUGAGCUUGCGGAGGAUCAGUAGUUCCACUGGACCAAACAGGUUCCGGCUUAUGAUGAGUGACGGUCAACACUCAUCAACUUCCUUCCUGCUGGUCUCGCAGUUAAACAAUCUGGCUGAAGAGAACAUCCUGGAACCAUACUGUGUGUGUAUGCUGAAGAAGACCCUCACCAACACUCUGGCGGAUGGCAGGCGUAUCGUGGUUGUGAUCGCUCUGGAGAUCUUGCAGUCGGCUGAGGAAACUGAAGGAAAGAUUGGAAGUCCCACUCCAUACGGCACAGAUGAUGGAUCUCCAGAGAAUUCGGCCUCAAGCACGUUGGUGUCUUCAUCGGCUGCAGCACCUGGACCCUCCAAUGAGAGCAGCAGCACAGAGUAUUCUCCUCCCCGAGGCAGUGGAAGAGGUUUUGUGGGGACAUCACCCAUGAAGGCCUCACCCAUGAUGGCCUCACCCAUGAAGGCUUCACCCAUGAAGACAUCACCCAUGAUGGCCUCACCCAUGAAGGCCUCACCCAUGAAGGCCUCACCCAUGGAGACAUCAACCAUGAUGGCCUCACCCAUGAAGGCCUCACCCAUGAAGACAUCACCCAUGACAGCCUCACCCAUGAAGUUUUCGCCCAUGAAGACGUCACCUAUGAAAGCUUCACCCAUGAAGUUUUCGCCCAUGAAGGCUACAAGCUCUUCUCCAGGUUCUUCAACAAAAGUGAUGCCUAUUGAAACCCUCCACCCCUACCAAAGCAGGUGGACUAUCAGAGCCCGAGUUACCAACAAGUCCCAAAUCCGCACCUGGAGUAACUCUAGAGGAGAUGGCCAUCUCUUCUCCUUUGAUAUAGUGGAUGAGAGUGGGGAAAUCAGGGUCACAGCAUUCAACAAGGAGGUGGACAAGUUUUUCCCUUUAGUGGAGCAAGGCAAGGUGUACUACAUCUCCAAGGCUACGCUGAAGGUGGCCAACAAGCAGUACACCACAGUGAAGAACGAGUAUGAGAUGAGCCUCAAUGCCCAGUCGUCCAUUGUGUUGUGUGAUGACAGCCAGGGAGUCCCCGCACUGCACUGUGACUUUGUGCCCAUCGCCGAGCUGGAAAACAGAGAAAAUGACGCCAUCGUUGAUGUUAUCGGUGUCUGUAAGAGUGCGGAGGAUGUAUGCCGGAUCACCACGAAGACCAGCAGAGAAGUCUCCAAGAGGGCCCUCAGCCUAAUAGACACAACGGGCAAAGUGGUGACAGUCACACUGUGGGGAAAGGAGGCAGAGAAGUUUGACGGCAGCGAGCAGCCUGUGGUCGCUAUCAAAGGGGCUCGCGUGUCUGAUUUCGGAGGCAGAUCUCUCUCUGCUUCGUUCAGCUCAACAGUCACGGUCAACCCAGACAUGCCAGAGGCCUUUAGACUGAGGGCCUGGUACGACGAGGAUGGCUUCGCUCUCAACAGCCAAUCCCUGACCAGCACGUGGUCAGGGAGCAGCGGAAUGAAGAUCAACUGGAAAACACUGAGUGACGUGAAGGACGAAAGCAUGGGACAAGGAGAGAAGGUAGACUACUUCAGCUGUGUGGCGACGCUGCUGUUCACUCGUAAGGACAGUUGUCUGUACCAGUCCUGUCCAUCUGCAGACUGCAAGAAGAAGGUUAUAGACCAACAGAACGGGAUGUACCGCUGCGAGAAGUGUAACAAAGAGUUCCCCAACUUUAAAUACAGACUCAUACUCUCUGCCAACUUGGCAGACUUCGGGGAUAACCAGUGGGUGACAUGCUUCCAGGAGACAGCCGAGGUCUUAUUAGGUCACACUGCAGAAACACUGGGCGAGUUAAAAGACACAGACGAGACGGCCUUUGAUGAAGUCUUCCAGAAAGCCAGCUUCACGAAGCACAUCUUUAAAAGCAGAGUCAAGCUUGAGACGUACAAUGACGAGAGUCGAGUCAAGGUAACCGUCAUUGAAGUCCAGCCGCUGGACCACAGGGAAUACAGCAGGAGACUCCUCAGCAACAUCCGCACAUUGUCCAGCUGUACUCGGGACGAGUCUUUCCAAACGGCUGCGUGGUAAUUAAACCCGUCUCCGGCCGACCUCUGGUGUGUCAGACGUCUUCCUCCAGCGAGAUAACGGCGUAUCUGACAGAGGCGGCAGAGGGCGGACGGUGAUUCACCAAAACAAAUGGCAGCCAAACAAAAGACUGUUAUUUAGUUGUUCGCUUCCUUCAACAGUUUGGAAACAUUGGAAAUUGCUUUAACCUUUUUUAAUUCAUUGACAUUUUAAGAGAGAGGUUUGACUUUUAUAAUAGAAGUGACUUUUAAACUGUCUGUAUUUUUAUGUCUUUUAAUCAAUGCACGAAAAUCAACGCUUUUUUAUUUUACAAGUUCAAUAAUGGUCAGUGUCCGGGAAGUGAGACAGGUACGAUUUAUUUGUGUGGUUUUUAAAAAUGAAGACGUGGCUCAAGUGUGUGGAAGAUGUUUGCAUUUGUUUGAACUGUUUUCACUGUGUCCUAUUAAUGGGAUUCUUUGUUAUUUCAAAAAAAAAAGUUUGGUUUGCUGUUUGCACUUUAACGAAGGGAUGAUUAUAAAAAUGUUCUUAACACCAAA